CUGCCUGUUGCCGCUGACACUGAGGGAAGGAUUUUCUGUGCAGGCACGCUUUCUGUCUGCUGGGUGGGGGGGGGGCGCUGUUUAAUUCCGUUCACAGACCAUCCCCUCCCUCCGGUCCUCCACAUCGACUUAGGUGACUUCUAUGCUCCUGUUUGAGGCAAAUAUGGGCCAAGACCAGACAAAGCACCAAAUCGAGAAAGGCUUGCGUCUGUACCAAUCAAAUGAGACAGCGAAAGCCCUUGACAUCUGGAAGCGAGUCUUGGAAAAGAGUACCGACCUCCCUGGAAGGUUCCGGGUGUUGGGCUGCCUCAUCACGGCCCACUCUGAGAUGGGCAAAUAUGCAGAGAUGAAGAAAUUUGCUGUCGUGCAGAUUGAUGUGGCCCGCGAGAUUGCCGACUCUGACUAUGUCACGGAGUCUUACCUGAACCUGGCACGGAGCAAUGAGAAGCUGUGUGACUUUACCAAGACUGUCACCUAUUGCAAGACCUGUUUGAGCAUGCAGGGCACCACCGUGGGUUUGCAGCUCAAUGGCCAGGUAUGCCUCAGCAUGGGCAAUGCCUAUCUGGGCCUCAGUUCCUUCCAGAAGGCACUGGAGUGCUUUGAGAAGGCCCUGCGCUAUGCUCACAGCAACGACGACAUGAUGUUGGAAUGCCGAGUGUGUUGCAGCCUGGGCAACUUCUACAUCCAGCUCAAAGACUAUGAGAAGGCUCUCUUCUUUCCCUGUAAGGGGGCCGAACUGGUCAGUGAUUAUGGGAAAACUUGGAGCUUGAAAUAUAAAGCCAUGAGCCAGUACCACAUGGCAGUGGCUUAUCGCAAACUGGCACGUUUAGAGGAUGCCAUGGAAUGCUGUGAGGAAUCAAUGAAGAUUGCCAUACAGCACCGGGAUCGACCUCUGCAGGCCCUCUGUCUGCUGUGCUUUGCUGACAUCCAUCGACAUCAUGCUGACACUCUGAAGGCUCUACCCCGUUACGAUUCCUCACUGAAUAUCAUGGCUGAAAUUGGCAACCGCCUGGGGCAGGCACAGGUUCUUUUGGGAAUUGCCAAGUGCUGGUUCAUUCAGAAGGAGCAGGACAAGGCCCUCAAGGUUGUGGAGAAAGCUGGAGAACUAGCUAAAGCUGUGGGCAACAAGCUAUAUAUGCUGAAGGCACACAGUUUAAGUGAGACAAUCUAUCGAGUGAAAGGCUCCCAGCAGCUUCUGCGAGAACAUGUUGUUAAAUUCCAUGAAUGCAUGGAAGACAUGGAGUUGUACUGCGGGAUGUGUGGAGAUUCCAUUGGAGAUAAGAACUCACAGCUCCAGGCGCUGCCAUGCUCCCAUCUUUUCCACCUAAAAUGCUUACAAAACAGUGGAACGCGAGGCUGUCCAAACUGUAGGCGGUCUGCCAUGAAGCCUGGCUAUGUGUGACCGGGACAACACGGGGAAUUCUUUCCCAAUCCAAUCAUUGACAAACAGCCAUGGAUUCUGAAAGUGACACAAACCCAGACAACAACACUUUAAGGAGCUACUUUUGACUGAGUUCACCUUGCUAAGAGUCUGUUAACAUCUAAUGGCUCGAGCUGUGAACAUUGAAUGGAUGGGGGUCAAGAUGACAGAAUUACUUGGACUAUUGACUUCAAGGCCCUACAAUGUUACCUGAGUUACACAUGUUUGACUGAUAUCUGGUUGUAAUGUAUUAGGAUAAUGAUCUGAAUAUUGAUGGAUUAAUGUAUUCGUUAUAGCAUCUGAUGUUCAAAUUAAUUUGAUUAACAAGGUGAUCUGUUUGAAUGUUUGACUUCAGAAAUCUUUACUGUUUCAUCCAAACAUCAGGAUCAACUUGGAUGCAAUUCUUCCAGCCUCAAUAGAUUUUGUAAAAAACCAAAGAACUGCAGAUGCUGGAAAUCAGAAAU